UGGCGUCUUUGCUUUGCCUACCCUCUUUUCCCCCCUCCCUCCCCUUCCCUUUUCGCGCUCGAUCUCGCCGGGAGAUUAGAGCGAUGGCGGCCGCGCCGGCGGUGAGGUUCCCGGUGUUCGGUCUCGUCCGGCUGCUUGGCUUGGCGGCGGCGGCGGCAAUCCUAGUCUGGGCCGUCCACUUCCGCGGCGGCAUGGCGCUCUCCUCUGAGAAAGACAAGCUCCUCAUAUUCAACGUACACCCGGUGCUGAUGCUGAUUGGAUUGGUAGUCUUGAAUGGUGAAGCUAUUUUGGCGUACAAGACAGUGCCAGGAACCAAGAAACUGAAGAAGUUAGUACACCUUUCAUUGCAGUUCAUUGCCAUGAUUUUGAGUAUAGUAGGCCUCUGGGCAGUCUGGAAGUUCCACAAUGAAAAAGCAAUUGACCACUUGUACACACUCCACUCCUGGUUGGGUCUUUCUUGUAUCAUCCUCUUCAGCUUACAGUGGGCUGCUGGAUUUUGGACCUUCUGGUACCCUGGUGGAUCUAGAAGCGGCCGAGCGUCCCUGCUCCCCUGGCAUGUGUUCUUCGGUGUAUUCCUCUACGUUCUUGCCAUCACCACAAGCGUGUCAGGACUCCUGGAGAAGUCAAUCUUCAUGCAGAGUGCGAAAAUGAUUGGGCGCUUCUCCACAGAAGCGAUGCUGAUGAACUCACUGGGGAUGCUGCUGGUACUGCUGGGGGCGCUUGUUAUUCUUGCUGCUGUCAGCCCUGGAGCUGGCAAGAUCGACACGUACAGAGGUUCUUCGGAGUGAGACAGAAAGAGUGUCUGGCUCUUGAGCUGCAGCUAGCACCUGAAGUACAUCUUUCUUGCUUCAACUUAGAAAUUUUGAUAUGUAUGUCUUUGCACUCUGUGCUGUGAUCCCAGUUAACAAUUAAAUCCGUUAUGAACAUUUUACCUAUCCAUUCUAGUGGCGAACUGAUCGAUUUAGCUGGACAGAAAUUACAAAUGAGAAAUUCCUUUUGGGGGUGUCA